AUGGCACGUACAAACAAAACCUAUGAAAUAGUCGAAAAAUGCAAAAAAAAUAAACAGCUUCUGGAGGAGAUAAAUGAAAAGCGAGAAUCCAACUGCUUGGUGGAAAGAAGCAAUCAAGUCAGCUUACUGAGACCUCAAAAGAGGCAUUUCAGCGGUGGCUGUAAAAUGUCUGGUCAUGCCAGUGCCAAAGGAUCUGUUCCGGACAGCGGCAGGAGUUCUUGGGUCAAACCGAAUCUCCUUGCUCAUGCGGAAAAAAAGCACUUUCCACCAAAAAGUAAUGCCAUAUUUGGAUAA